AUGUCACAACCGAUGACAGCCGAAGCUAUGCAGUAUCCCCCGCAUCAUCAGAUUCCUCCGGGGUAUCCCAUGAUGAAUCCAUACGGACAACCGUACAUGCAACCAACUGAAAUGACUAACUUCGCAGCAUCACAAUCAUUCAACCCGGAGAUGUUUCAAAUGUAUAUGAUGCAGAUGAGCCAGCUUAAUCAACCACAGAUGCAGCAUCCAAUGCCCCUGAAUCCCAUUCAGUCAGUUGAAGCAAAAGUCGAGAGAGAUUCGGGAAACGAUACGAUCUCACCGCCACCUCCGCAGCAACAACAACAAAUUCAUUCAGGCACGAACACCCCGACAGUCUCUCCACACUACCCGGAUCCAAUGGCACCACAAAUGCAGCAACAACAACAACAUAUGACACCUCAUAUGACUCCAGUUCCCACACCGAGUCCCGAACAAAUUCAGCAAAUGAAUCAGAAUAAUCAGACACCAACUCAACAAGUGUCUACUUAUGCAAUCAACAAUUUGUUGUCAUCUGCAACAACUCAAAAUUCGCCACAAGAAGAGGAGAAAGAGGAUACGUCAGUCCGUCGGAAUACACUACCAUCAGUCAAUCGGAAGCGUCGACCAACGGCUUAUGAUAGACCAGCAGCUCCUCCGGCUGUUCCACAGAAUUUCACUGCGAACUAUUCUCCAAUGAUGAUGCAUAACUUCGCAGCACUGAUGGAUCCAUAUCUGAGAAGAGAUUUGUGUGCGAUAUGUGGAGAUAGUGCAACCGGAUAUCAUUAUGGGGUGAUCAGUUGUGAAGGAUGCAAAGGAUUUUUCAGGCGAAGUGUACACAGAAAAGUUGACUAUGUUUGUCAGAAAGGAGCGGCUUGUCAAUUCUCGUACGAGAACUGUGCCAUGAAUCGAGGAGCUCGUACACGUUGUCAAGCGUGUCGAUUUAAAAGAUGUGUUGAGAUGGGAAUGAAUAAGGAUAGUGUGAAAAUGAUAGGUAAAGAUGAAACGAAGGAAGAAUCAACCACGUCGACUACAAAAAUGAGUCCUGAAGUCAAGGAACUCGUGGAUUCAUUCGUUGCUUCUAUGAAGGUCUCUUCCAAUUUCACAUCUCAAACUCACGCGAUCGGAGCAAUCAAAAACUUUGUCAAAGAAGUUUCAGCAUUGAGUUCAAUUUUCACUGAAUUCGAUGUUCAAAAAGUUAUCGGAGGCAUCUUGGCGAUCCGUGCUGCAUUCACUUUCGAUCCGAUUUCAUUCAUUGACAGCCUCAAUUUCCAUUCGACGGUUACUUUACUCCGUACUUGUAUCAGAAACUCCGUUUUCAAUGAUACCGAAUUGGCUCUGCUCUCGGGAAUUCAUAUCAUGCAAACAAUGAAUGGAGGAAUUUCGAAGAAUUUCCCAGUAUACUGCCAGGAACUCCGCAAUCAGUUGGCUGAAACUCAUCCAAAAGAAGUCGGAUUGUACGAUCGGUUGAUCAUGAAAUUGGGACCACAUCUCAAUCAAUAA